UUUCUGAAAAUGCAUGCACGCUAUAUCGCAAUGUCGAGUGUGUAUUGCGUUAAUUCGAACCGCUAUAAAAGAGAGACCAGAGAAACUCGAAGCUGCGUUUUCCUUCCGCUCGUCGCAGUGUGCCCUUGUGUGUUUUCAAGCCGCAAUUUAUUGAGAAAAUUUACGUCGUAAAUCACAGUCUUAUUGGUAUGCGGGAGGCAAGCCGAUGCGAGAAAAAAUUUCACGCUACACCGCAUAGCCAGAUAGAAGAAAAUCAAGAAAACUUGCCGAAACCUGCCCUCGACUCUACAGACGGAUAAUUAAGACAUUUCUACUUCUGAGAAGAUAUUAAUGACAUCCUUGCUGGCGAAGAAUUUAAUCGUAUUGAAGGAAGUAUCAGUCUAAUUAUUGUAUUUUCAUUGAUAAUUGUCUAUUAUGGCUCCUCAACAUUCAGUGAAUACUGGUGAUAGUAAUCUAGAUGCUAAGAUCACCGAAUGGCUGCAGUGGAAUAAGGAUCCAGAAGCAGAAAAUGAGAUAUAUAAAUAUUUAAAUAAUAAAGAUGUUAAUAUAUUAUCAAAAUUGUUCCUCAAGAGACUCGAGUUUGGGACUGCUGGUCUUAGAGGCUGCAUGGGACCAGGUUACAGCCAGAUGAAUGAUUUAGUUAUUGUGCAGACUGGUCAAGGAUUAACAAAAUACUUGAUGGAUACAGUAUCUGAGGCAGCAGAGCAAGGUGUUGUAAUAGGAUAUGAUGGCCGUUAUAAUAGUAAGAUGUUUGCAGAAUUAACUACUGCAAUUUUCAUAACCAACGGUAUCAAGGUGUACUUGUUUCGUAAAAUCUGCCCCACACCAUUUAUACCGUACACUAUACUGAAAUAUAAGUGUGCGGCAGGUAUCAUGAUUACUGCUUCUCAUAAUCCAAAAGAUGAUAAUGGAUAUAAAGUUUAUUGGCAAAAUGGUGCACAAAUCAUUUCACCACACGAUAAGAAGAUUCAAAGCUACAUUCUCAAUAAUCUCAAACCGCUCGAAUCUUUGUGGGAUAUAAGUAAAAUUUAUAAAAACCCUCUUAAUAUGGAUCCAACGACCUAUAUUACAGAAUGUUAUUAUAAAGACCUGCGAGAUGGCGUUCUGUACCCUGAAAUUAAUAAAAAUACUACAUUAAAAUUCACGUACACUGCCAUGCACGGUGUUGGAUAUGAUUAUAUGAAAUCUGCAUUUGAUGCAGCAAACUUUGAGCCAUUUUUAGUAGUCGAAGAACAGCAAUUGCCAGAUCCAGAAUUUCCCACAGUGAAAUAUCCAAAUCCAGAAGAAGGGAAAAGUGCUCUCGAUCUUAGCAUAAAAUUAGCGGAUAAAAGCGGUUCGUCUAUUAUACUCGCCAAUGAUCCUGACGCUGAUCGGCUUGCGUGUGCGACAAAGAAAAAGAGCGGAGAAUGGCAUGUCUUCUCUGGAAACGAGCUUGGCGCAUUACUGGGUUGGUGGAUGAUCCACACUCAUCGAGUGUCAAACCCUCAGGCAGAUCUAAACAACGCAUAUAUGUUAGCAUCAACUGUUUCCAGCAAGAUCCUAGCUGCGAUAGCUAGGAAAGAAGGUUUUAAUUUUGAGGAGACUUUAACAGGCUUUAAAUGGAUGGGUAACAAAACUGUAGAAUUAAUGAAGGAUAAUAAAGAUGUGCUAUUCGCGUAUGAAGAAGCUAUAGGUUUUAUGUGCGGUACCCAGGUAUUAGAUAAGGAUGGUAUCAGUGCUGGCGUACGUGUAGCUGAAUUAGCAGCCUAUCUUGAAAUGUUAGGGUUGACUUUGUCUGAUAAAUUACAGGAAAUAUAUACAGAAUACGGCCAUCAUAUUAGUGAUAAUUCUUAUUGGAUAUGUCACGAACCAAACACCAUCAAGGCAAUAUUUGAGCGAUUGAGGAAUUACCAUGGCAAACCGAACAUGUAUCCAGCCGGAAUAUUGGAGGGAAAAUAUAUAAUUACUGGUAUUCGAGACUUAACAACCGGAUAUGACAAUACGAAACCUGACAACAAAGCAGUCUUGCCUGUAUCAAAGUCUAGCCAAAUGAUUACAUUUACUUUUAAGAAUGGGUUAGUCACUACUUUGAGAACCAGUGGCACAGAACCUAAAAUAAAAUAUUAUAACGAAUUGUGUGCAUCGCCCGAGGAAAAGGAUUUGAAUAAAUUGAAGGAUAUUCUUACUGAGAUGGUAUCAGCUAUCGUAACAGAAUUCCUUCAGCCUGAAGUUAAUGCACUUAUUCCUCGUGAAACAUAAAUCGCAGUAAUAAUCAUGCUCUUCAAAAGUUUCACGAUGUACGUUGCAUAAUAAUCACUAAGUUAUCAAAGUAUCACUCUACAAUAACUAGUAAUCUACAAUAACAAGUACCGUUCUGUAAUAUGGUUCUAAACAUUUAUGUAAAAAUUUAUACAAGUAUACAUUAGUAGGCAUUAUAUAUUCUUCAUUAUGUUAAUAUAUUUAUAUAAUAUGUGAUACAAUAAGUUCAAUUUUAUUAUGCGAUGGAAGCGAUGUUACAUCCAGUGAUCGUUGAAAUGGCUGUGUACUGUGUAUUUUGUCUGUUCGUUAUUAAAACUGACAGAUACUUGAUUUAA